CCUGUCAACAGAGGGUUGAGACCUGCUCGGCUUCCACGAAGAGAGGAAAACACAGGUGUGCGCUCUGGAUCCUUAACACUCGCCUGAGCGUGGAUUAUAGUGGAACAUGAUCGCAUGAUCCCUGUGCAUCCUGAGCUGGUUGUUGCGUCUGAUAGCUGCUGGAGAAGCAGAGAGAGGUGAGAGCAGCGAUGGGAACACUGCUGUCCGCACAGGCUCCACAGGAGUAUUCUCAUCUGUCGAAGAAAACUGGCUUUUCAUUGGAGCAGAUUGAAGUGCUGCAUAAGAGGUUCAAACAGCUGAGCCAAGAUGAAGAUGUUUUGAGGAAGGAACACUUCAAUGGAAUCCCGGAUCUGGCAUGCAAUCCCAUCAGUGCACAGAUCACAGAGGCUUUCUUUGACCAAAGAAACUUCUGCAACAAUGUUGCUGGUAAGGUGGACGAGAUUAGCUUUGAAGAAUUUCUGUUGGUCCUGUCUCACUUCAGGCCCCCUUCUCAGCACCUCAAAGAGGAAGAUCGGGAGAAUGUCAGGAAGGAAAAACUUAGAUUUUUAUUCAACAUGCAUGACACUGACAACGAUGGCACAAUAACGCUUGAGGAAUACAGACAUGUGGUGGAGGAACUGUUAUCUCACAGUGGAGCACUGGGAAAAGAAACAGCCAAAGGAAUUGCUGAUGCAGCCAUGUUGGAAGUGGCCAGUAUAUCAGUCGGUCAGAUGAGACCUGAUGAAUUUUAUGAGGGAAUCACCUUCGAACAUUUUCUAAAGCUGCUAGCUGGCUUCGAGAUCGAAUCAAGAAUGAACAUUCGGUUUUCAAAAAACACAUUUACUAUGUGCAAGUGAGGAUGUGAGAUUGAACUAAGAAUUGACAUUUUUAUUUCUUUACCAUUCAACAUUUAUUCUUGUUUUGCACGGUUAAAAGAUACUUGCACUAAUGGUAUAUGCCUUAUGCAUGCGGGAGCAACUAUGUAAACCAAAGAACAGUUUGGAUUUAUUAGAAGUGGUAUUAAUAAUUUUAAGAAACAAUGUUCUACUGCUGAAUGGAUAGAUAAAGCAAUAAUAUUGCAAUAUAAAAUAACUAUGCAUGGGGUAAUAUGGGCUAUAAAACUGUUAUUUUGUUAACUGUGAGAUAUAGAUUGUCUGAUUGCUACAUUUUUCUGUGAUUUCUGUAUGAUCACAGAAUGGCAAAAAACAUGCCCUGCACUAUAUUAACGCAAAAAAUACCCAUAACAUAUUUCAUUAUUUACAUUUAUUUAACCAAAGAGAAAAAAACACAUUUAGUUCAAGUUAAAGCUUUACAAAUACUCUUUAUGAAUAUGAAUAUAUGCUUUUGGCUCUAAAUGGUGUGCAUAAAUUGUUGCUUUCAGACUAGGGUGAAUGUUAUAACCGAACCAAGCUACAAAUACUUGUUUGAAGCUCUAUUACUGCACAUAACUUCAAUCACAAGGUUUGCAAACCUGUACCCAUUAACACGGUUGUGGCAUAAUUCUGGCUGGAGAUGUGUGUCGACUGUUUUCAGCAGAAUGUGUUUGUUUCCUGGCACAGACCUAUUUUUAUUCACAUAAACAGAUUGUUAGUGGUCGAUUAAGGCCUUUAGAGGACCAUCAUUGACUUGUCCUUUCCAACUUUAUGAGUUCAAACCUGCCAUAAACUGGAAGCCAAGUGAUAUGGUGAACCAUGUCAUGUUGUCAUGCGAGCAAUAUGCUUCUGCUCCAAAAUAUAAAUCUGUAAUGAGCUGCCCACUUAAAAAAGCCCAAUGCUAGAGAGGUUUUAUAGUCAAAGAUUUACUCAUUCUGCCACAAUUAUAACCAUUAUGGCUGAUGGGGAGACAUUAAGACUCUCAAACUAAUGCUAUAUCCGCUUUGUUACAGUCCCUGCUGCUGAAAAGUAGAUAAAAUAUCGAAACUACCAAAAUAUGUGCUCAUGGUUUAACUUGUUCAAAGUCACUAAUUCAUGUG